CAUGAUAUAAUAGUUUCAUUACCACCAUGAGUUAUUGACUCUUGCAUACAUAUACUCAUCAACUGCUGAAUGCUUCUUUUUAAAGAGAGAUGGAAACAACAGGAAGAAUCAUACUUUGUAGAGUGUUAGCAUUUUACUUUAUCUCAAAUAUUUGUAUGGUUUUCUAGCUCUAACAAUCACCAAAUUAAGAUGGGUCAUUUUGAAUGUUUUGAAGGAAACUACUUUGGGUUCCAAGGUGUGGCAAGAGAUAUUAAUGGAGCAUCAUCAGCAUCGUCGUCGUCAUUGCUUUUGAACAAUGAGAGAGGAGAGUUCAUUAUGAGGCCAAGACAAAAGAUGGGCGAUGCAGACAAGGCGAACAAGGCUUCGAUUGCUCUGAGGAAUCACAGCGAGGCCGAAAGGCGAAGAAGGGAGAGAAUCAAUCGCCAUUUGGCUACUCUUAGAACACUAACUCAUGGAACUUCCAAAAUGGACAAAGCAGGGUUACUAGGCGAAGUUAUCAAUGAAGUGAAGCUACUAAGGAAGAAAGCAGCCGAAGCUACUAAAGGCACAGUGGUGCCGAGCGAUAUCGAUGAAGUUAGAGUGGAAGAAGAGGAGGACCCAAACGACACCGCUUCAACCUCGAUCCGAGCUUCCCUCUGUUGCGAUUUCGAGCACGAGCUUCUCCGCGAUUUGAGAGAAGCUGUGGGGGCUCUGCCCCUCAGUGCUGUGAGGGCUGAGAUUUCUACAUUGGGUACUAGAAUGGUCAGUGUUUUCGUGAUCACGGGACUGAAAGGUCAGGUUCAUCCCCUUGUCGAUUCGAUUCGUCAAGCUCUUCGUUCUGUCCUCGACAAGUUCUACGCAUCAGACGAGUUCUGUUUGAGAGAUAGUCCGAGCAAGAGGCGGAGAAUGUCUUCGUUCUUGGCCUCUUCUAGCUUAUCUUCGGGUUUGUUACGAUGAAAUUAAUUGAAUAGAGGCAUGGUGGCAUAUGGCUUGGCAUGCAUAUUUGUAAAAGGGGUGUGCAUGCUUUCUCAUAUGGCACCUUUCUUCUUUAGCUCUUC